GCCGCGGUGCCGGCAUGAGGGAGCUGGCGCCCGGCGUGAAGAUGGAGUGCGACAUCUUGGACGCGCUGGAGGCCUUGGGGUACACAGGUCCCCUGUUGGAGGAGGAAGCUCUGAACAAAGCAGCAGAAAACGGAUUGUCUUCACCAGAAUUUUUUGAGCUUUGCAUUUGGUUGGGUUCCCAAAUAAAGUCACUUUGUAACAUGGAAGAAAGCAUCACUUCAACAGAUGGUGAUAAAGAUAUAGAGAGCUUCCAGCUUGAGAUUAGUGGCUUUCUGAGAGAAAUGGCUUGUCCGUAUUCAUCACUUAUAUCUGGAGACAUCAAGGACAGAUUAAGAGAGAAAGAAGAUUGUCUUAAACUCCUCUUAUUUCUAAGUACAGAACUUCAGGCUUUAAAGAUAUUGCACAGCAAGAAAACUAAAGGCGCUCAUUUGGAAAAGCACGAUGAAAUUUAUCAGGAAGUGCAAGCUAUUUGCGAUGCAGUGGGCCUGCCAAACUCCUCGUCUUCUGAUAUUUCUCCCUUGUUAACCAAUGUGGAACAAAAGAUAAAGGACAUUCUCUCAAAAGUUCAAAAUAACCAUGUGGGGAAAUCACUGCUAACAAAACCUCUGAAUUCUGACCAAGUGGAAAGAUUGGAAAAAAUCAAUGAUGCUCUUCGCAGUGAGUAUGAAUGUCGCAGACGUAUGUUAAUGAAGAGGCUAGAUGUGACAGUACAGUCUUUUGGCUGGUCUGAUAGAGCAAAGGUAAAAACAGAUGACAUAGCACGAAUCUAUCAGCCCAAGCGCUAUGCAUUAUCUCCAAAGUCAACUAUUACGUUAGCUCACCUUCUUGCUGCUCGAGAAGAUUUAUCGAAGAUCAUAAGAACAAGUAGUGGAUCAACACGGGAAAAUACAGUCUGUGCCAUCAACAAGGUUCUGAUGGGGAGAGUACCUGACCGUGGAGGCAGACCAACAGAGAUUGAACCACCUCCUCCUGAAAUGCCUCCUUGGCAAAAAAGACAAGAAGGUGGUGGAAGAGGUGGCUGGGGAGGUGGGGGUGGGGGUGGAAGGGGCAACUGGGGGGGUGGAGGGGGAAGAGGAGGAGGAGGUGGUGGGUUUGGAGGUGGGGGUUUCAGAGGUGGUGGAAGAGGUGGAGGUGGCUUCCAAGGUGGCAGGGGAGAUUAUGGUGGCAGGGGAGAUUAUGGUGGCAGGGGAGGUUAUGGUGGCAGGGGAGGCUAUGGUGAUCCAUAUGGUGGAAGAGGAGGGGGAGGCUACCGAAGAUACUAAAAUACUGUAAAUAUUGAGUAACUGGCAAAAUAUAGUGGUGGUGUUUGCUGGUAUCAGGAAUUUAGAUAUGUUAACUUGGGUUUAGGUUAGAAUUAAGUAUGACCAUAUGAAUCAUUGCAUUAGACCAACUGAUAUUGUCAUUGAAUUCUUUUAGUUAACUGAACAGAACUUUUGUAGUAAAAUGUGAUGGCUGAAGUCCUUGUUUUUCAUACUGCUCAUAUGGUGUUUUUUAAUAUGUCAUUUUAUUUAAAAUAAGCCUCAGAAAACUGAAUAAAAUCCUUUCUAAACAAACAAAAAAUAUAUUAUUUAAUGUUCAGGCCUCUCUAAUUAUUGCAUGUUGCAUGUCCACUUCCCUGCUCCAAAAUGCUGUGUAGAAAAAACAAAAUAGGCCUCAGAACCAGAUGGAAACUCUUUUAAAGGACUCUAGAAUGCCACUUUCAGUCUUUUUCUCUUCAUCUAGUUUUCAUGUGGGACGUGUAAAUGAAUUUUAAUUUCAAAUGUUAAAAUCCUUAAGGCUUUGGUCAAAAUUACUCAAUUAGGUUCCUUAUUCUUCUGGAACUUCACAUAAAAGUAACAUUCUGAAUUAAUACUCUACAGAAACUAAUAAAAUCAGGUCAUUUGGUGUGUUCAUAAAUGUAUCAGAGACUAUUUGAAGGUCAGAGCAUGUACCAUAAACUCAGAAUCAUGGUGAGUUUUGAUAGUGUCUAUUUUCAUUUUACCUAUUUUCCAUUUUAUUGGUGUUUCAUAAAAAUAUUUUAAGAUCAAACUGGGCAGGAAACUUCUGCAACCAUCAUGUCUGGUAAGAGUUUAUUUAUAUAUUCCUUCUGAAUCAGCUUUGAGACAUAAAGGUUGAAUAAGCUGAGCUUCUUGAGAAAGAACAUUGUUUCUUCUUUUUUUUUCACCCCCUUUUUUUUUUUCUUCUCCCCUGCCUGCUCUAUGUUUGGGAAUCGCCAGCUGCUCAGCUAAUAAGACAUCUCAUACAGCAGUUGCCCUUCCUCAGUGGCUUCUCUCUGUCUCUUACUCUACCAACCAAUUGGUCUGAUAACGUAAAAGAAACUCUGUCUUGACAUGGUAUAGGUGCCUUCUUCACAGACAGUGUUACUUUAGAGGAAGGAGUUAGCUUUCAUGCAGUUAUGGCUGUAAAUACAUAUAGACAAGAAUUAAAUUUAGAGCUGUCAGUUAAAGAAACAGUUUUUGUCAUCCAGCAUCUUUUAGAUCUCCUCCCCUGCUGUGAGGCCACUCCUGAGUACAGAGGUGGAACCGGGCGAUGAUGCCCAGGUCCACUCACAACUGUGUAUCAGGGUGAGGUUACUACAGAGAGAUGUGGGAAGGCAUCUGAUAAACCUGGGGGGUGUCUGUUCAUUGCAUAGCACAGAAACCUUGAAGCACUUUGAGUAUGUAGCUAUAGGCUUAAGUGCAGGCUGAACUUCAGGAUUUCAUUUUAGUUUUAUGUUCCACAGUUAUGAGUUCUUUCUGCAGAAAUUUUGUACUGGUGUCUGUAUUUGGUAUGCUUUAAAGAUGUUAUUUUACCUUCUGUGAGAUUUUAUUAAUUAGCUAUCACCAACCUUUUCAUCUGAAAUUUUAAUCCAGAUAAACUUGAGAAGUUUCUCUCCUGUUAUUUCUUCUCUGAUCAUAGUCUGCUUGAGAAUGCUGCUUGUGAUGUGGUAGAUACAGCCUUACCCAUACUUCAGGGUACCAGCAGGUGCCUAACAAAAAAGGGCAGAAGUUUUCCUUGCUUGAGCAUGUUAACUUGGAUGUGAACUCUUGAAAUAAUGGCCUAACUUCAUCCAGCUGCUAAUAAUAUAGUUCCUUUGCCAGUUUUUUUUCUAUACUCCUUUCUGGCCUAAGCUGUUGUCAGCCCCUGCAGUCAUUACGGAGAGACCCUCAUGGGUCAUGUGGGAGCAUAGUACUGGGUUUCUUGCUUUUGAGCUUGGUUUUUGCCUAAUGCUCUGGAAUAGCUCACCAGUUGAAAGACAUAAAUACCAAGUGAGACUGCUGGCCUUGGGGGUGAAGUCAGCAAAGGAACAGAGGAGAGACUUGUUUAUAACAACCAAAGCCUUGAUACAAAAUUCUGUUUGCUCAUCCCACUGUUAUUUUUUGCUACAAGUAGUUUCUGAACAGCAGUCAAGCAUUUAGCUUCACCAAGGAAAUAUGCUAGCAAAAUCAAAUGGCUUAUCUAUGCAUAAAGAUUUCAUCACUCUUAGGUGUGAAGUUGCACUGGUUUAGUUGAACUGUUGUAACGGUGUAUGUGGAUGUGCCUUGGUGCUUUUCCACUCAUCAGUUUAUCCUGUUUGUGGCAGGUAGGACAGUUCUGAGUGCAGUAAACAAUCGAGUGAAGUAGCUAUGUGCCCACAAGUAAUUCUAACAGUUUAAUUAUUUCAAUAUCAUAUUUCAAUUAUAUUUAUGUAGACCAUGUAAAAGAUGGAAAUUUAAAUAGGCUGGAGAUUUUGUUUUUUAAUCUGGCCAUUUUAGUUUUUCUUAAAUAAUUCCAAAAUGUGAAACCAGUAGUCAAAAACUAAAGUAAGCACCACCACAUUUCAUAGAGUUAUCCUUUUCUGUCUUCUGUUGUCAGAACGUAUGCUUUUAAUUUAUCAAAAGAUGCAAUAAUACUAUGAAAAUAAUUGAUUUAAACCUCUCCUCAAAUUUUGUAUGUGUCUUGGAAAAAAGUAUUUUCAAAAAUUCUGUUGUAAGUAGAAGAUUUUCAUACACAUGGUUGUGAGCAUUUUUUGUGUUUAUUCACACUUAAUGAAUAUCUAUCUGAAUAUUGUUUUGUUUGAUCAAGAAUUGAAAAAUAGGUUGGGGUUCUUUUCAGGAUUUGAGAGAGACACUUUUGUUAACAGCUGUAAACACUAAGGAAUAAAGUACUGUAUUUGAAGUUACUUGCA